AUGGCGGCCUUCCAGCCUCGGACCGAUCUAGAUAGAGUAGAUUUUGAUUCACUUUCCAAGGACAAUGUCUUCGAGAAUAACCGUUUGGCCUUUGAAGUGGCUGAGAAGGAGCUGGGGAUCCCUGCUCUUCUGGACCCCAAUGACAUGGUCUCCAUGAGCGUCCCCGACUGCCUCAGCAUCAUGACCUACGUGUCCCAGUAUUACAACCACUUCGCCAGCCCUGGCCAAGCCGGUGUCUCACCACCCAGAAAGGGCCUGGCACUCUCCUCCCCGCCAUCCGAAACACCUGCUCUAUCAGAACCAGGAGGCGGGGCUCAGGCUGAGGAGCUCUCCUCUGGCAGCCUGUCAGAGCAGGGCGCCUGCCGGACCCCCAGCAGCACGUGUGCGGCCUGCCAUCAGCACGUGCACCUGGUGCAGCGUUACCUGGCCGAGGGCAAGCUGUACCACCGGCACUGCUUCCGGUGUCGGCAGUGCUCCAGCACCCUGCUCCCCGGAGCUUACAGGAGCGGGCCUGAGGAGGGCACCUUCGUGUGUGUGGAGCACUGCACUAGGCUGGGCCCAGCUGGGCGGCUGGGGGCCAAGCCUGGGCUCCCCCCACAACCAAAGCAGCAGCAACUCACAGAAGAAGCCAACGAUGUGGAGGGAAGCAGCUCCCACCCCGGUGCGGCUGCGGGGGCUGAGGUGGACGAGCCCAAGGCCAGCCCCGAGGCCCGGCCUCAGAUCCCCACCAAGCCCCAGCUUCCUGGCAAACCCCAGGAGCUGGCCAGCCCCCCGGCCAGCCGCCCCACGCCUGCCCCCAGGAAGGCCUCAGAGAACACAGCCCCGACACCCCCCACGCCCCGGCCCCGGUCCAGCCUGCAGCAUGAGAACUUGGAGCAGGGUGGCAGCAGCGGCCUGGUGAACGGAAGGCUGCACGAGCCCCCCGUCCCCAAGCCGAGAGGGACGCCCAAGCUGUCAGAGAGGGCGCCAGCCCCCAGGAAGGACCCCCCAUGGAUCACACUGGUGCAGGCAGAGCCAAAGAAGAAGCCCGCCCCCCUGCCCCCGAGCAGCAGCCCCCGGCCGCCAAGGCGCGACAGCAGGCAGGGGGAGAAUGGUGGCCCGGAGGAGGCGGCCCAGGGGAGCCCGGCGGCAGCCGGCCCGGAGCCCAAGCCCUACAACCCCUUUGAGGAGGAGGAGGAGGAGCCACCCGCUACACCGAGCCUGGCCCCUGGGCCUGGCCUGGCCCCCGCUGAGUCCACACCUAAGUCCCUGCACCCCUGGUAUGGCAUCACCCCCACCAGCAGCCCCAAGACAAAGAAGCGCCCUGCUCCCCGAGCGCCCAGCGCAUCCCCACUCGAGCCACCCUCAGCUACCCCGUCGCCAGCCCUCAGUGUGGAGAGCCUGUCGUCCGAGAGCUCCAGCCAGACCCCCGCUGGGGAGCUUCUGGAGCCACCAGUCGUGCCCAAGAGUUCCUCAGAGCCUGCUGUCCAUGCCCCCGGCACUCCUGGGACCUCCACCAGCGUCUCUGCCAACUCCUCCCUGUCCUCCUCUGGGGAGCUGGUGCAGCCCAGCGUGGCCCGGAUGCCUCAAGCCAGCCCUGGCCUUGCCCCCAGUGCGACGGGCAGCCCGGGUCCCCAGCCAGCCAAGCCCUGCAGUGGCGCUGCCCCCACCCCUCUCUUGUUGGUUGGAGACAAGAGCCCUGUGCCUUCUCCUGGAACCUCGUCCCCGCAGCUCCAGGUAAAGUCUUCCUGCAAGGAGAAUCCUUUUAACAGGAAGGCGUCACCCACAGCGUCCCCAACCACAAAGAAGGUCACCAAGGGAUCCAAGCCAGCGAGGCCGCCGGCCCCAGGACACGGCUUCCCGCUCAUCAAGCGCAAGGUCCAGGCUGACCAGUACAUCCCCGAAGAGGACAUCUAUGGAGAGAUGGACACCAUCGAGCGCCAGCUGGAUGCCCUGGAACACCGUGGGGUCCUGCUGGAAGAGAAGCUGCGUGGUGGAGCGAACGAGGGCCGUGAGGACGACAUGCUGGUGGACUGGUUCAAGCUCAUCCACGAGAAGCACCUGCUGGUGCGGCGGGAGUCGGAGCUCAUCUACGUCUUCAAGCAGCAGCACCUGGAGCAGCGCCAGGCCGACGUGGAGUAUGAGCUCCGCUGCCUUCUCAAUAAGCCAGAAAAGGACUGGACAGAGGAGGACCGGGGCCGGGAGAAGGUGCUGAUGCAGGAGCUUGUGACCCUCAUCGAGCAGCGCAACGCCAUCGUCAACUGCCUGGACGAGGACCGGCAGAGGGAGGAAGAGGAAGAUAAGAUGUUGGAAGCCAUGAUCAGGAGGAAAGAGUUCCAGAAGGAGGCUGAGCCUGAGGGCAAGAAGAAGGGCAAGUUCAAGACCAUGAAGGUGCUGAAGCUGCUAGGAAACAAGCGUGAUACCAAGAGCAAGUCCCCCGGGGACAAGAGCUAACAGCGAGGGCCGCCAGCUGGGGACCUCCACCUCUCCUGGCUCAGCUCCCGGGCUGUGCUCCGCUGGGGGGCACCCUGUUCCCCUUCAGGAUCAGUCGAGAGGAAAGAUGACUUAUGGGGAGGGAGCCUCUGGGUGAUGGCCUCCCCCUCCUCAGGGUCCUCUGGCUGUUCUGGGCCAAAGAGUUUUCUUUCCUCUUCUCUGAGCCGCAGGCAGCUGAGGCUCAGCCCUGCCCAGCCUGGUUUUGAUGACUCCAGAUGCUGUGACUGACCCAAGGAGCAAGUAGGGUCCUGGAUGCAGGGAGCGGGAGUGGCCGAGCGCAGCUGCCCACAUCCCGCCCAGCCCCUGCUGUGAUGGGCAGCUCCCUGGUCCCUCUUCCCUCCCCCACAUCCAGCUGGGACUCUUAGCUGUCAAAGUUCUGACCCCAAGGUCCUCCCACCCACGAGGUCUGCCCGUGGUCGGCCUCUGGCCCGGCCUCCUGCCUCGGGGGCUGCCCCCUUGGCAGGCCAGCACACAGGGCUGGGUCGCACUGGCUUCUUGCUGCCCGAGUCCUGCCUCUGAGGCCCUGCCUUCCUUUCCAGGGCAGGCGGCCCUGGAUCUUUCUCCUCACUCAGGAGCUCUAUUUAUGAAGCCUCUAAUUAAGUUUGAGUUAGUCACUGUGUCCUCAGACACGAACAGGCCUGGCGGACAGAUCCUUCCCCCGUCCCUCCAAGUUCAGGGAGGUGCUUCCUUCAUCUCCCCUCGUUCUAUAGAAACGAAACCUCACUUCCCAGGACACGGGGCUGUGGCGGCUGUGCUGGGUGGGCGGGGGCCUCUGGGAGGCAGGCCCCGGCUGCAGCUCUGUUUCCUGACCCUCACGUAGGUGCUAAUCCUGGCUCUUUAACACACUGUAGUCUGGCCCCUCAUUUAGGCUAGUUGUGUCCCCCUCCCCCAGGGCUCAGGGAUGGUGGGUCCACUGUCACCUCACACCCACCCGCCUGCCUGUUGUCUCUUCUCUCCUGUUCUCUCCCGACUUGUUGCCACCUGCCACCAAAGGACUGAUGGCCGCUUCCCCACUGGGAUGGCUGUGGGAGAGGAGGAGCCGAGGGGACACCGCCUUCCCCCGGGGAACGUGUCCAGCAGCUCUUGGUCAAAGCACUGUUGCUAUAAGCUAUUUCUGGGGGCCUCCAGGGCCCCUUCCCUUAGCACUCCUCUGGGAGAGAUCGCACUGGAUUGACUCGCCAGGGUUUUCCUCACCGACAAUAAAUGGAGACAACCUCAGCUGCCAGAGCCAGGCAGCCUGGGGGUGCUUUUCCCUCGGCCGGGUCUGCCUUCUUCCCUGCCUCCACCGCGCCUUGUGGCUGGGCAUCUCUGCUUGCCCAGGAGGGCCAUGUAGGGCUGUCCACCAACAGGGGCCUUGGCCUCACUGCAUGCCACCGGGCAGGACCCCCUUCCUCUGCAGGGAGAGGUGGCUCGUACACCUGUGUAGCCCCUGGCAGUCAGUCUCCUUCCAACAGUGCCUGUUGAUCUGGGACUGGGGUCACCAACUCCAGGGCCUUUCAGGGGCCCGGCAGGUAACCCAUAUGAACUGGGCUGCGUGUAACCUGAGGGCUGGCUCCUUUAGGCUGUCUCGGUGUCAGGAGAUGGGUGGUGUGGACUGGGGUGUCUGCCACAACUAGAGGGGGAGGUUCUUCCUCACUUAAGUCAACUGUAGCCUGUGGGAAUGUGGGCCCCAUGUGGCCAGAUCUUUCCAUUUUUCAAAAGAAGCUAGAAAUCCA